AUGGGUGAUUCUUCUAUGGUUGACUAUUGUAAUCAUGUCAAGUCACUUGCUGAUCUUAUGGAGAAUAUGGAUGCAAAGGUUUCAGAAAUUAAUCUCUUUUCCUAUAUGUUAAAUGGAUUAUCCGCCAAGUACCGCCAUAUGGCAACCACCAUUCGUCAUCAACGACCGGUUCCAUCUUUUUGGGACACACGUUCUAUGCUUGUACUUGAAGACCAACAACUUUCUCAGGAUCAGAAUCUCUCCUCCUUAGCCUCUCAUUUCGAUGAUUCUUCAUCUCCAACGGUUCUCACCGCCGACUCCACUCAUCCGAAUACUAACCGGGCCGGUUUUCGUGGAGGGACAGGCGGACAGAAUCAUAGAGGUGGUCACAACGGAGGAAGGAACAGUGGUCACCAAAAUGAUAGCAGGCAGCAACAACAUCAAAGGAACUUCUAG